AUUCCAAAAUGUUUAAUCAUUUGAACAAUCACACACGAAUAAUUUUCUCGUUUCAGAUAGGUGCGAGGAUUGAUGCUCGUCUCCUCGCGAUGGUGAGCAACAAAGUGAAAGCCAUUUGGGGAUUGGGUGGUGUGGAGACAGCAAGGAGUUCUCUGUUGUUCCUGCCAUUCCUUCAGUCACUCGUCGGCGAGCUCCAUGGAAUGUUCAGGUGCUUAAAAUCCGGUGUUACCUAACAGUUUGAAUUACACGAGUUCGAGCCCAACAUUUGGCGGGAGAAGGAUUUGAGGUUUUCUUAAUCAUACAAUGCGAUCCGAUUGACAGCGUCAUGUCAUCAAAAUACAGUAAUUUAUUUAUUAUCUUCGCCUGUGUGUCGGUGAGUCUUGGCCAGGUGUACAAAUCGAGUGGCAUUGACAGCAAUAAUGCAGUGGAGGUGGCAGAAUCCAAUGACCCAGAGGCUAACAAGAGUGACUUCAUCACUCAAACGGUCUACGGUUUUCUAGAUUUUACAACAACAAUCGGCAAUACCGUGAUGGUUUUCAGUCCUCAAAGUGCACCACCAGAGGGAGAAAAACCCACGAGUGCGCCUGUGAUCGAGACUAAACCACCAGCUCCUAAGAAACAUAUCGAGAUACAACCGAGCAAAACCCACAAGAGUGACAAUGGUGAAACGAAGAAGCCAUCGAAGAAUACAAAAAUCAUCGUCAACUCAGUUAUAAAAAAAGACCAGGAAAAUCCAGAGCCAGCAAAAUCUUUGACCGAGAGCACUAAAGCUCCUGUGCUGUCAACUGUCGUUCAAGUUGUUGCUGAUGGAAAUAAACCAGUAAAAAAUAAUCUCGCUGAGCCAGAAUAUGAUUACCUGUCCAAACAACCGACUGAAGUCGUCGACGAGACUUACAAGUUGAUAAAUUUGAGGCCCUCGUCGAAGGCCCCGGUUAAACCUCGUCCAUCCCCCAAGAAGGAGAAAGAAAAUCCAACGGGACUGGUCACACGACUGGGUGGUACCAUCGUCAAAGAUGGAUUGACAACAGUGCAUGAAACAUCUGUUCUUGGUACUUAUAUCAAUGGAAAAUAUGCCCAAGUCCUCCAGAGCACGUCGAGAAUUGUCAAAGGAGGAACCCCAGCGGUUCCAGAAGCGAAAAUACGCCCUACGAAUUCUCAGAGGAUUUUAAAAACCAUCGGGCCACAGCAUGGGAAACUUAAGCCACAGCUGGAGCCCACUCCAGCUCAUCAGCAGGAAGAGUCUUCUGUACCUGUUGAAGGACCUGGUUCUAAGACAACUAGAAGACAUACGGCUCCUCAUGCUCGACCAAAAUUCCGGAACAAGAUCUACGAUGAUGGUGACAACUUCGAAGCUCCACAACAGCCGAGGAUUCAGGGGAAGAAUCGAGCUACAACGUCCAGGCCGAGUUACAAAAACCGAGUAUUAACAACAACUACAACAGAAGCUUCGGUAUCUCGUCGUCGAUCUGGAUUCCGCCCCAACAACUCCCAACCAUUCACCUCCCCCUCAAAACCCAUCCGUCCAAAACCCGAGCAAAACUCCAAUCCAAAUCCAAUGCCAAAAAUAAAACUUCCACGUACCCAGGGGCGUUGGUCCUACAAAACGACUCCGAAGCCCCGUAUUGCCAUCAGGAAGCAGGUGGAUGAUGAAGAGAGAGUAUCAACACUCGAACCCGUCACAAAUGAGCCAACAAUAACAACAACUGAUGAGAAAACUCCAUUGUCCUUUCCCCCUGCUCAGAAAAAAAUUCAGGAAGGUGGUACAUACGACGAUGAAUUAGAUCCCAGUGAGACGGAAGAAGUGUCUUCAACGAGUGUCCAGAGUGAUCAGCCACUACCCGAGCACAGUCUUCCGGUUGAAACUCUCAACGUUGAAAUAUCCACUCCAGCUGACUUCAAUGACGUUUAUUUCGAAAUAGCCACCAUCAAAUCACCUUAUGCCUUCCAGGUGGGAACAAUGAAGAACACGCGUUACAUAACAGUGACAUCAACCAUGAAGAAGACAUUUGCGACAGCCGAGCCAACAGCGACAUCAACACCCACCGAGCCCCUCACCGAGAACAUCCUGGCGAAUACAGGUGCAGCAUACGAGUCCUCACUCCCCCUGGACUCCUCGGUAGCAACUCUUCCAGCAAUAACCCUGGAGUCAAACCAGGCAACACCACCCCUGGAGACCCUGACGGAAACCUUCACAACGACUCAAACCCUGUUGAAGACCCACCUACUGCCAGUGGUGGCAGCUGGCAACACAUCGACAAUUACUCUAGUGCAGACCUACAACAUUGCCAGGAUGGUGACAGCAACAAAGACACUUCCCCCUUCAGAGAUCUAUCAAUUCAUUCCCUCAAAGACUCUUAACGAAUUUAAUACGAAAUUGGAUGAGGCUGGAAGUGAGCUCCACCUGGAGCUGGACUUCGGUGACGACGACAGGGACGACGAGGACAUCCCCAAGAGGAUAGUCGUUCCCAAUUCAGAUGUAGAUGAUCUUGAUGUCUUCAGGUCGUCUGGAAAACCGAAGGAGGCUCCAACGACAUCUGCUCCAGAGCCUCAACUCACUCCAGAGCAGGCCCAACAACUUGCCCUACUCAAGUAUUUCGGUCAACCACCACCAGCUACACCUCAGGUGAUCACAACCUCACGCCCUGUGAUUGUCCUGGAGACUGUUUACGAAUCUCACGUUAUUCCCCUUGUUAACAAUGGAAAUACUGUGUACUCAACACUCUCCAGACCAGUUGCAACAGUACCACGUACCUCGUACGAGUUUGGUACGUCGACUGUAGCACCAUUAAUUCCCCCUCAGGUGCCGCAAUUGCCCCAGGUACCGUUGUUCCAGCAGCAGCCACAGUUCACUGUCACCAGUGCACCCUUUGUCACCCAGACAUUGGCCACUGUGUCUGAUUCUAGGGUGCUGAAGCUCACGUUCGGGGCUAAAACGGCGUACACAACCCUCUUCUCCACGAAGGUUGUCCCCACAGAAAUUACUACUUAUGUCACUACUACUCUUCCUGUUCAACCUACUGUACCUGCUUUUCCUGGGUACUACCCACCACCCGUUGGGUAUCCACAAUUUCCUUUUGUUGGCUAGAUUUAGAGUUUCGGGGGAGUGUUCCAGCAGGCGUCGAGGGCAAGGUCAUUUAACAUGGAGGUGGUGAAAUUAGAGAUUAACCAGUCGCAUUUUACCACUUUUUCUACUGAUUUAAGGAUAUCCGAAUACUUUUAGUAAAUCUAAUUGUUUUGCAAUAUUUCUGAUUUUUUAUACAAUUGGAAACACAAAUCGACUAAUUGAAAAUCCAAUGUAUACUGAUUAGUUAGAAUUGAAAAGUGUAAUGGGAUAUUCUUAAAUUGAUCGGAAUGAGGAAUUAAUUCCUAGUUUUCUAAAUCGGGUAUUUGAAAGUCCAGUGGCACAAUCCUUGUACAAAAUGCACUAUUGAUAAAUUUUUAAUUAUCCAACACGAAGACUCGAAAUAAGUUCAGUGGAAUUUAUUCCAUUCUCGAAUUGACAAAAUGAUUGAUUUUUCCCUCUGGAAUUACCAAUUUUCGAUGAUAAACCGAAUUUAUGAUUAUCAAUGCAUUUAAUCGCCAGUUACGAAAGAAUAUGAAGCAGAAGAAAAUGAGUGACAAAUUAACGAUGUGCGUUAAAACAAACUGUAAAUAAAUUAUUACUUCUACCAACUACAACCAUUAUUUUUAUGUAUAUUAGAUUUUUGUAAAUAAA